AACCGUCGCACCACCCAGAAGCCUUCGCUGCUCAACUUACCACUCACCUCCCGCCAUCGCAGCGCCUCGCUGACCUCCAAAGCAUGGCUUCCAUUGACCCGGAGAAGACUGCAUACGACCACGGCGGCUCGCCAGCGUCGCUAGACCGCACCCACCAUGCGCACAUCAUCAAGGAAGACCGCCUGCGCCGCUCGCUAUCUGCGCGCCAGGUCCAGAUGAUCGCCAUCGGCGGCACGAUUGGCACGGGACUCUUCCUUGGAACAGGAAAGGCACUGGCGACGGGCGGUCCGGCGUCCCUUCUCCUCUGCUACGCCAUUGUUGGCGGCAUCGUGUUCGUGACGAUGCUUUCGUUGGGUGAGAUGGCGGCGUUCGUGCCCGUCGCGGGAUCCUUUUGUACCUUCGCUGGCCGCUAUGUUGACCCAUGUCUGGGGUUCGCCUUGACGUGGAAUUACUGGUUCAACGACGCUGUCUCAACGGCCGCGGAUCUAGUCGCGCUACAGCUACUCGUGCAGUACUGGACCGAUGACUUCCCCUGGUAUGCACUCGGCAUUAUUGUCUGGGUGCUUAUUGUGCUGGCCAAUAUCAUCAACGUGAAAGCGUACGGUGAAUUGGAGUACUGGUUGAGCUUACUCAAGGUUGUAACGAUUAUCAUCUUCAUCAUAUUGAGUAUCGCGGUAAAUGCCGGCGGCAACCAAGGAUAUGGAUAUAUCGGCGGAAAAUUCUGGACCCACGGGGACGCGCCCUUUGUCAGCGGUAUUGGGGGCUUCGCAUCGGUAUUUGUAACGGCCUCGUUCGCAUACGGCGGCACCGAGUCCAUCGCCAUCACGGCGGGAGAGACGCGCGAUCCCGCGAGGACUCUUCCGCGCGUAGUCAAGAACGUCUUUUGGCGUAUCCUACUGUUCUACAUUCUGUCCGCACUUAUGAUCGGUCUCAACAUUCCGUACGACUACCCAGGCCUGAACACAAAGUCCAGCCGCACCUCUCCGUUCACCAUCGCCUUCCAGAUGGCUGGCUCGAAAGCAGCUGGCUCAUACGUCAACGCAGUCGUCAUAACGAGCGUGGUCUCUGCAGGGAACCACGCGCUUUACGCCGGCACCCGCCUGCUCUACACGCUCGGCGUGAACGAACACGCACCGAAAUUCUUCACCAAAUUGACGCGCUACCAGGUGCCCUGGGUAGCGGUGGUCACGACAAGCGUGGUCUCCAUUGUGCUCUUUUCGCUUUCCUUUGCAGGGUCCGGCCAGCUCUGGACGUGGCUGCAAAACCUCGUCGGCGUUUCGAAUCAACUCAGCUGGAUAUGCAUCGGCAUCGCGUCCUUGCGCUUCCGCGCCGGGCUCAAAGCGCAAGGCAAGGAGCACCUUCUGCCUUUCCGCAACUGGACGUACCCCUGGGGUCCCAUCCUCUGUGUGUCGCUGAACAUCUUCAUCGUACUUGUACAAGGAUGGAGCUCUUUCAGUCCGAAAUUUUCUUCAGUCGACUUUGUCAGCUAUUACCUCGAAUUACCCGUAUUUGUUCUUAUGAUCAUCGUGUGGAAGCUCAUCAAGCGAACAAAGUUUGUGAGGGCAAGUGAGAUGGAUUUAGAGACAGAUGUGUAUACGAAAGAAGAUAUCGAACCCGAAGAGAAGGGGUGGGUUAGCAGAGUGAAGAGAAUUGGGUCCUGGUUCUGUUUCUGAGCAGGUGGCGUGGGUUUUUCUUGUCGCUAAAUCGCUGUUGUUUGUACCCAUCUGAAAGCUGAUGUAGAUUUUUCAUAGACAGACAAUAGUGCAGGGAUGCGCCCAAGGGGGUAAAGAAAAUCUUGUAUCCCGUGAGGCGCCAAGAUACGCCCUGCGGGGUUGCUGCUGCCUAAGCCAGUUACUUUAGAAUAGAGGACAACAAUAC